AUGUCAGAGAGGAUAUUACAUGGACGCAAAUCACACUUGUCAUCCUUGCCCGCCAUACUACGAAACCUGCAAAUGAUGAAACUUAUCCAACCGCGGCCUAUCCAUUCCAAUGCCUUCCAUGCCAUUUCUCGUGUAACACAUGUACAGCUCAACGGAUCGCGACUCUAUCAGAUGCAAAACGUUCGGGGAAAUCAGCCAAGUGAAGAUGUGGAUGUUUAUUCGCAUUGCUUUGAGGAGAUUUUAGAUGCCAAAGACGAUUUUAAAACGAAGUACAAGAACGUCGCGAAAGAUAAUGUAAUGAGGCUUAUUUCGGCGGAGAACAAAAAAAUUCAGGAGCAGAAAAAAACAACAACACUGGAAGACGAAAGAUCAGUCGCGCUAACAACGAACGACACGUGGUCUAGCCCUAACAGUCUAAUCCAGCUCCAGCCAUACACGUGCGACUACCUGAAUGAAGCAAAUGGCGUAAUUGAAACAUUGAUGCUGCUAGCAAAACCAAUUAUCGGAAGACAUUCAGCAAAAAAUCUGGCCAAAUCUAUCCGAUCAACGAUUGCUGAUUUCAGUUUUCAGGAUAAAAUUGUUGCUGUAGUGACUGUCGGUGCUACAAAUGUCAGAAAAGCAGUCAAAGAUGAACAACACGGCGGGAUAUGUUGUGCAGCCCAUCGCUUGAACGUACUAGCCGUUCUCAAAAAUAUUCACCAAUCGCAUCAUUCACGCAAGGAAUACAUCGAAAGGCUGUCAAGCCGAAAAGCGUCAAUACUUGAAAUCAUUCCUUCGUUCAAAAUGCUAGAAUUGUCAACAAAACGUUUUCUUGAAGUAAGACGGAACAAGACGACAAUCAGCAAGCAGACAAACAGACGGAAACUGCUAGUCAUGGGUUGUUUGACGUUGUGUACAAAGGGCCUGUGCAGAAAAAAAUUUCGAUUGAGUGGAUGUUAUCAGAAACGAGAGACGACUUUCUGCAAACCAGGGACCAAUACGAAAACCUGUCUCCGUGCGGCAUCUCCAAGAAAAUCUUUUUGU